CAGUAGGCGACUCAGAACAGUUCGGCAUCGCGUUCGGUUCGGUACGGAUCGGUUCUGAAUGGAGAUGGCGCGGCUUACUGCGAUGGUGGUUCUUUUGGCCAUGUGCCAUGCUGGUCUGGACGCAGCUACCGUCAUAGAUCGAAAGCGGGAUGUGCUGUUUCCGUUGACGGUGAUCCACUGGAACGACUUCCAUGCCCGGUUCGAGGAAACGAAUGUUCUGUCGACGAGGUGCGAUGUGGAGGCGGGGGAGAAGUGCAUAGGAGGAUACGCCAGGGUGGUGUCGGCGGUGAACAGUUUGUCCGAGCAGUACAAGGAGCGCAAUCCGGUGUUUUUGAAUGCUGGGGAUAACUUCCAGGGAACGUUCUGGUAUACGCUGCUAAAGUGGAACGUGACGAGCUAUUUUUUGAAUUUGCUACCGGCGGAUGCGGUGACGCUGGGGAAUCAUGAGUUCGAUCAUGGAGUUGCUGGAGUGGUGCCGUUCAUGGAGACGCUUAAAUCGCCGAUCGUGGUGGCGAACAUUGACGACAGCGAGGAACCGAUGAUGCAGGGGAAGUAUAAUAAGUCGGUGGUGAUCAAGCGAGGUGAAAGGCAAAUUGGUAUUAUCGGGGUGAUACAUCAUUCGACGGAUACUCUGAGUAUGACGGAGCGGCUACGGUUUCUGGACGAGAUUGAAGCGAUAAAUACGGAGGCGGAACGGUUGAAAGCGAGCGGAGUGAAUAUUAUAAUAGUUCUGUCGCACUGUGGAAUCACUAUUGAUAAGAAGAUUGCCGCGCAGUGUGCCGAUGUUGAUAUCGUAGUAGGCGGUCAUUCGCACACGUUUUUGUAUAAUGGAUCGGCCGAGGGGUUCCCGGAUGCUGCAGUGGAUACAUAUCCAGUCGUGAUACAGCAGACGAGUGGACGAAAAGUGCCGGUGGUGCAAGCUUCUUGUUUUACGAAGUUUGUUGGACGGCUGACCGCGUAUUUUGACGAAGCUGGCAAUCUGGUGGAAUGGGAAGGAAAUCCGGUUUACUUGGAUGAGUCUAUUCCUAAGGACCCUCGAAUAUUACAAGAGAUGGUUCCUUGGAGAGAACAGGUUGAUGUGCUUGCGUAUAGGAAUGUAGGCUCAUCUCUGGUAGUGCUUUCGAAAGCCGAGUGUCGAACAGGUGAAUGUAACUUCGGAAGCUUCGUGGCUGAUGCUUUUGUAGAUUAUUACACUCAACGACCGGAGAAUUCAAACGAGUGGACGUAUGCCUCGAUAGGAAUCACAAACGACGGUGGAAUGCGAACUUCGUUGAAGAAAGGAACCUUGACGUACGAUGAUAUCGUAACAGCAGUCCCAUACGAGAACACCGUUGAUACUUUUGACAUCCGAGGACAGUAUUUGCUGGAUGCUUUGGAAUACAGCGCGAGCCGAUUCAACUCAGCAGAUGUGCUGCAAGUCUCAGGAAUUCGAGUAACCUACAACAUCACCCGGUCAGCUGGUAAUCGGGUAGUUUCCGUAGACAUCCGUUGUCGUGAGUGCAAGGUUCCACGAUACGAGCCCCUCGAUCGGAACAAAUACUACCGAGUGGCCAUAGCUGCUUGGAUCGGUAACGGUGGCAACGGGUAUACCAUGUUCGGCGAACAUCGCACUAAUCCACGUAUCGGACCCCUCGACAUCGUUGUGCUGGAACAGUACGUAGCCAAGAUGAGCCCGAUAAUGCAAGGGACGGACGGGCGGAUCCGUGUCGUAUCAUAAAAUCUAAACUUAUUGCCCUAACCUUCAGAGCUUGGCGAAAAACUGUAUUGCUAUAGGUGUUAGUUUCCAACCUGAGUAAAGUGUGCAUUAAAACAAACGGCGGGAAGUGAAGAAA